AAAAAAACGAUACAUACAACAACAUGGCGGCCGCUGCACGAAGAUUACGGCGUUAGCGGAUAAUUAUGCUUUAGUUCUAGAAAAACGUUUAACGUUUGUCUAUUUUGUGUUUAAAGUUAGUGUAGUGUAAUGUAUUAGCUUUGGUUUAGUGACCAAAAAGGAAUUUUGGCGUCUAACACUGAAAGUGUGAUGUUAUUGGACAUAAAAAAUGUCGGCAAUGUGGAAGCUAGAAAAGGACUUGUGCCGAUGUUGUCACGCGGAGGGCUCCUUUAAGCAUCUAUCGGAUCCCUGCUUCCUUUUGGGGCAGGAGGAAAUCUACUCCGUCAUGUUGCAAGAUUGUCUAGAUAUCAAGAUUGUUCCCAUGACGGGGCCCCUUUGCGAUGCCACAUACACUAUCUGUGAGUCAUGCGUGGCGCGGCUGCGUGACGCCUCCAACUUCAAGCGCCAGGUGCAGGACUGCGAGGAGCGCUUCAAGGAAAUGUACAGCAAGAAUAUGAUCAAAGGGUUUGCAGUUAAAGACGAGCCUUGUGAGUCUGAUGCUGACAUGAAGCAAGAAUUCCAAAGCGUUGAAGAGGACGAGGAUGAUGACGACGCCUUCAUGAAGUUUGAUGAUGAAGGCGACGACGCUUCGUCGUACGAAGAGCACGAAGAAAUGAUCAGCGUUGAGAUAGAGGCCGAGUCGUCAGCCAAGGGCAAGGGCAAGGCCAAAGCCAAGCCCAAGCCUAAGCCCAAGAAGGCUCCCGUCAAGAAAACCAAGUCCAAGGAGAAACCUAUCAAGGUGGAGACGGAGGAGCUGACUGAGGCGGCGGUGAGCGGAGAGAAGAAGAAAGAUGAAGAGAGACACCACAUGAAAGGCUGCUUCAAGUGCAAGAAGAUCCGCAAAGUAGAAGAGCUGGGCGACACGAAGACCUGUCCGGACUGCGGAACUGUCCUCACCAACUGCUUCGUGAGACUGGUCAGAGAGCAGCUUCAAGCCGGGCCUAUCACCAACUUCUUCAUCACCACGGAGGAACCGGUGAACAACGGGCAGGCUAAAUCAGAGCCCCAGGCCGCCGGGAGCUCUGCUUCAGAGCCGGCACCGGCCAGCGUGCUGCGCGACUUUCUGCUGAGAGGACUUGCCGGUAAUUCAAAACAAGAUGAAAAUGAAAGUGGGAAAACAGUUGAUAGUCAAAAAAUGAAAAAGGAAGACUCGGAUGACGAUAGUUUAGAAAGCUUAGAUAUGAAACAAGAAGAUUUUGAGGUGUACGGCUGUAUGGAAUGUCAGAAAACAUUCAGUAAGAAGACCAGCCUCCAAAAACACAUACGAAACCUCCACCGAAAGGUUUUACUGAAGUGUCCUGACUGCGCAGACAGCUUCCCCACCAAACGAACACUGCAGAAUCAUGUGAAGAAGGUGCACGAUAAAAACACCGGGCCUGAGAAAGACACGAGAUAUAAGACAUUUAUCAGAGUGAUUCAUGGAGAACCGCCACACGAGGACAUAUACUCAUACACGAGAUAUAAGACAUUUAUCAGAGUGAUUCAAGGAGAACCCCCAGACGAGGACAUAUACGCGUGUAAGCUGUGCGACCGCAAAUUUUGUCGGCUCAUGGAAAUCACCGCUCACACGAAAGUCCACGCACGCAAGCUAACGUGCCCAGUGUGUUUCAAGUUCAUCCCCGAUCCAGAGGAGUAUAAAAGACACAAAGCCCAGCCACAUCCCGAUGCAAAAAAAUUCACAUGUCAAGCCUGCAAAUGCGUGUACAACACCAUAUUUGAGCUACGAAAACAUAAAAAAGCAGCCCAUUAUCGGUACAAAUGUCCUCAUUGUCAAGAAAUGCUCACCAAAAAUUCAUUACAUAAACACCUGCGACAGUUUCACAGUGAAUCCUUGCUGGCUUGCGGAAUAUGUGAUUUUAAGUCUUCACAACAAUUUAGAGUAAUCCAACAUCAAAAAAUUGUGCAUUUGAAGGAAAAAAAUGUAAUUUGCGACAUUUGCCAAUUUCCAUUUUACAGUACCACAGAAUUAAGGAAACAUAUGGUUAGCCAUAAAGCGGAGAAAAUGUUUGAGUGCGGACAUUGCAAGAAGAAAUUUGCGCGUAAAUCGACUCUUAGUUUGCACGAGAAGAUCCACACGGGGGAGAAGAACAAAAUUUGUGCGGUGUGCGGGGCCGCCUUCGUGCAGAAAGCUAGUCUGAACUACCACAUGGUGAAACACCAUCCGGACCGUGUUUAAUAAUGUAAAAACGUUUUUCAGCCACUGAACGCAUGGUCACUUCAUGUAUGAAUUCAGGGUAAAUUCAUGUCCAUUCAAUUUUGCUGUUCGUUAUACAUAUCAUCACACAUGUUUCCCAGAGGGGUAAGCAGAGAUUACGGAUUUCCACGUCUUACAAUCUUGCCACACCCUUAGACUUAUCAUAUUAGUGUAAACUGCGCUCUUGCCUCCAAAAAACUUGGACAGCCACGGGGAAAUCGUGGACGAUAUCGUUUAAAAAGUAUUAUAAAAUCAAUAAAAUGAAAUCUCGUACAUAUUGGUUCCCUACUGUGUCGUGACGAUAGCAUCGUGUAGUAGGUACCUACCACGAUAUAGUAUAAAAGCGUCCUACCUAUCGUACUACCUACCUACCUACCUACCUACCUACGAUAUCGUCUCCGAUCGAUAGUUGAUAUAAAAACCACACCAUACAAUCUCAUAAAUUUUCGCUUCCUGCUGUGUCGAUGUCGUGAUGAUAAUUGUAGCACAAUAUCCACGAUAAAGUAUAAAAACACCCAUUGACUUAUGCAUUGAAGUUCACUCCUUAAUAACCAACUUGCUUACGCGGCUUGCAUUUUUUCAUGGUCUCAAACAAGCCUACUUUUUGAUAUUCAACAAAUUGAACACAUAUCAGUGAAAGAAUAAGGAUCAAAGUCAAAUGGCGUUCUAAAAAAAGUUUUAAUUAUGUGUCGGAAGAUGUUAGUAAAUUUACGUCGUUACAAAGUUUUCUUUGGCAAUACACCUCUAUUUCAAAUUCUCUUUGCAGUAACUGAAUUGAAGCAAAAACAGACCGAAAUUACAGUUGUAUUCGAAGGUCAGAUUAGGACAAGGUCAAAUUGUGAUGAGAAGCAUGUACUGUAUUUCGUUAAUGAAAUAUUGUAUUUAAGUAGAUAUUUCAUUUUCAUACUUUUUUUAAUUUAUCUGUAAGGUAUGUUAAUUUCUCUUUGGUAGAUAAAAAUGUUGUGAUAGAUGUUUUUUCUACGCAUUCAAGUAAGUUUUAUAUUAUAUAUAAAAUACCUGUUAUGCACGGUGCUUACGAGGAACCCGAAUUUUUUUACCACGAAUUUCUGAGACCAAAAUAAGGAAUAAUUGUUAUAUGAGUUAAAGUCGAUUUCACCGAAAAUUUGCUUUUGUUUUGUUUUUUUUUUCGAUUUUUUUAAUGUUUGUAUUGUACAUAAAAAGUCACGGUCACUUAAAGUGAAUUUUUACUUUUUUUUUCAUAAAACCUGGUUUUUGCAAAGUGUUGUCACUUUUUGACAUCUAUCAAUAAGGAUAUUUAGUCUACGUCACAUAGUGGCAACAUCGCCAUCAUAAAGGCGUUACACUAAGUAAUAAUGAUUUUUUUUUGGUAUUAACUCUGAACCUAGGAGAAUUCCAGAAAAAUUGAUAGGAAAUUUUAGUCUUUAAAUAUGAUCAGGAUACUGUUAAAUAAUGUGUCUUUGGAGUUUCUCGUAAACACCUUGUAUUUAGUUAUGCGUAUCUUAUAAGUGUUAUAUCACUAACCCUUGUAAAAUUCAACAUUGUCAAUGUUUAAUUUUUUCUUUUUAAGUAGUUUAAUUAGAAAUAAGGUUAUAAAAAAAUGUGUUUAA